AUGUGUCCGCCCACACAGCAUGGGAUGAUGGAGCAUCAUGUGUCCGACCACGCAGCAUGGGGUGAUGGAGCCUCAUGUGUCCAACCACGCAGCAUGGGUAGCUCCUCGGGUGAACAGGCAGGCGAGUGUGUGGGGUCAGGUGUGGAUGGCGAGUGUGUGGGGUCAGGUGUGGAUGGCGAGUGUGUGGGGUCAGGUGUGGAAGGCGAGUGUGUGGGGUCAGGUGUGGAUGGCGAGGGUGUGGGGUCAGGUGUGGAUGGCGGGUGUGUGGGGUCAGGUGUGGAUGGCGAGUGUGUGGGGUCAGGUGUGGAUGGCGAGCGUGUAGGGUUAGGUGUGGAUGGUGAGUAUGUGGGGUCAAGUGUGGAUGGCGAGUGUGUGGGGUCAGGUGUGGAUGGCGAGGGUGUGGGGUCAGGUGUGGAUGGCGAGGAUGUGGGAUCAGGUGUGGAUGGCGAGUGUGUGGGGUCAGGUAUGGAUGGCGAGGGUGUGGGGUCAGGUGUGGAUGGCGGGUGUGUGGGGUCAGGUGUGGAUGGCGAGUGUGUGGGGUCAGGUGUGGAUGGCGAGUGUGUGGGGUCAGGUGUGGAUGGCGAGUGUGUGGGGUCAGGUGUGGAUGGCGAGUGUGUGGGGUCAGGUGUGGAUGGCGAGUGUGUGGGGUCAGGUGUGGAUGGCGAGUGUGUGUUGGGUCAGGUGUGGAUGGCGAGGGUGUUGGGUCAGGUGUGGAUGGCGAGUGUGUGUUGGGUCAGGUGUGGAUGGCGAGUGUGUGUUGGGUCAGGUGUGGAUGGCGAGUGUGUGGGAUCAGGUGUGGAUGGCGAGGGUGUGGGGUCAGGUGUGGAUGGCGAGGGUGUUGGGUCAGGUGUGGAUGGCGAGUGUGUUGGGUCAGGUGUGGAUGGCGAGUGUGUGGGAUCAGGUGUGGAUGGCGAGGGUGUGGGGUCAGGUGUGGAUGGCGAGGGUGUAGGUCAGAAGGUGAAGUACGUGAAGGCGCCUGUGGAGGAGGAGAAGAUUGCUGACGUGGUCAAGGAACGCAGGGAGAUGGUCUAUAAGCUUGUAUUUACAUCUGAAGCCAACCCAUCAUCUUUCAAUACUAGUCAAAGUUGUACACGACCUCAUUUUUAA